AGCAACUCCCUCCCUCGGAUCCGGGGACAGCUUUAGGAAAAAAAAAAUAACGUGCGGUGUAAUCGCGGCGAUUAUAUCGGUCGAGAAAAUCUCCGCGUCUGGAAAGGAAAAGAUGUGCGAAGAGUGAUAAAAGAUAAACGUUUAAAUCCUCAAACAUUUGAAAGAAGAUAAAAAACGGCAGAGAUAUAACUUUCCAUCACUGGGGUGUGAUAAAUAAAACCCCGGGCAAUGGGAAGAUUUAUUCGAUCUGAUGCAAAAGGUCCUUCUGCAUGGUGCUAGGUGAAUACUAAUAAAUAGUAGCAAAGGGAAAGUGAAGUGUGUAAAUCCGUGAAAACGCAACUGGAAGUGUCGGCGUCGGUUGGAGCUUGAGAUCGUUAGUACAAAUGAGCAUCUCAAAUGAGGGAUGAACACUGUCACGGUUCAGUGAACAGAUAAUGAAAAGCAUACCGGAUGGGUGGGUGGAUCGGAAAAUUUCAGAUUUGUGCGGUGUACACAGGUGUGUAAUACGAUUGUGAUCUGCUACUAGCGUGGGUUGGGGCUACUACCAAGACAGGAACGAGGAUUAUGGCUGAUCUUCAGGCAACGAUAGAAUUUGCCGUGGAGCUCUACAAGUUCUACAAUGUGGACCUGUUCCAACGAGGAUUAUAUCAAGUUCGAUGUUCACUGAGAGUUUCACCCCGGCUGCCGGUACAGGUGGAGACCUGUCUGCCGGAUGCAACGACCACGGGAGUGCCUUCAUCUGCGAGUACGACAUCGGCUCCUACUCCUGGCAGUGGUGGACCUGGUGGUGGGUCGGCCAUCGGGUCCAAUAGCAGCGGCAACGGCAGCAACAACGCACCUGGAUCGGCAUCCAGUAGCGCCAACACACCCAAUUCCACUAAUUCCUCGAAUGCUUGCAAUGCAGGAACGACCAGCAGUAGUGGCACCGGUAGCAGCAACGCCGGAGGCCUCAGUGGUUCCCCAACCACCGCUGGCACGACAGGCUCCAACGCCACCAUCAUCGACGAUUGUGGCGCCUCACGAGUGUUCCAGAUUCUCUAUCGCAACGAAGAAGUGUCGCUGCGUGACGUUAUUAUGUUCCGAGCACAUUUACUAGUUGACAGCCGGCAUCUGAAGGAAUCCAUUGAACGGGCGGAAUUUUCGCUCAAUCUGGAGCUGUGGUUCGGCGAGCAGACGACCGGGAACGUGCUGAGCCUGGCUUCGACACGGACGCUGCAGCUCAACUUUCACCCGGGCCGGGGACUGCACUACCAUCUGCCGGUGCUGUUCGACUACUUUCAUCUGGCGGCGGUCAGCGUGGGGAUCCAUGCCAGCCUGGUGGCGCUGCAUCAACCCUACAUCAAUGCCCCGAAAACUGCCAAACCCUGGAUCGGCGGGUCGAAGCUAAACUGCCGCGGUGGAAACUCUCCUGGGCCCCUUGAGGCCAUCUUCUUUGGACCGCAGGUGGGAGGCGGAGCUAAAUGUGGCGGCGGGUCAGCUGGUCGCCUAUUGCACGCUCGUAAUGUCCAUAAGGAAAUCUGUGCCUUGCUGCUGGGAGCACUGGAAUCGCUGAGGCUUUCGUUACAGGAAUUUUGUACCGUACUACCGCAUCAAUGGGCUGCCCUGACCGGUUCGACGCCACUGUCGAAUCUGGACACCAAACAAAGACUGAAAAAGCUGGCCGAUUCGGCAAAGCUAAUGGACACCGAAGAUGACCUGGCGGCACGAGCCAAUUCCGAUAUAGCUCAACUUUGUGCCGAAUGUAUACUUUACUGGAGACGAGUGCUGUCGGCAACAACCCAGCCUUCGGUGCACAGCCUGUUGGCCAAGAAGCAUCAUACACUCCGCGUAAGACGAUUUGCCGAGGGAUUCUUUGUGAUCGUGAAUCCAAGGCACGCGGCUAGUGGAUGCUACGACUCGAACUACCAGAACUACGUAUCCAUUUGCGAAUUGGCUCGGAGAUCUAGGUAUCUAUCAUCACUACCGCCCUUGCCAGUGCAUUGUACUCCAUUGGACGGGGACGCAAACUCGCUUCCACUGAUUUUUGAAGAUCGUUACACCGAUUCGAACAACUACAGCAAGCGUCGAUCCGGUAGUGAACCUUAUCUAAACGGUCAUAGUGGAACGUUAGGGAAAUUGAAGAACCACCACCAUCCGAACAAGAUAGCUCCAAUUAUGAAUACCAAAGAAUGCUCCUGUGGGAUAGCAUCAUGCUACAUUGAACCUAUCCCGAAAAUGUGCAACAACUACAUGGGUCUGAUGACUACAAGAUACGCCUUAGGAGGUGACAUUCUACAAGCAAGUCUGACGAUAACUCCUGCAGCGGCUGCAUCGCAAAAUGGCGUAUGUUCGAAAACUCUUUCGAGACAUUCGGUGUCUACGCUUGUCGAGCCGGAAUGCCAGUGGGAUCAGUUUAAGGCCGUUUAUGCUCCGGGAACAAGCGUUAGUGGUGGGACCCUUCCCACGCGGCAUAGUAAAUCUCUGGACCAACUAGAAAUUCAGAACAACACUUCAUCUCUACCCCGUCAACACGUCCAUAAUGUCAAUUAUAAUAAUUACCCUCAAAAGCAAAUCAUUUACCAUCAACCGGGUAAUGCCAUUAUUCAAGCAAUUCCAGCGAAACCCAAAAAGAACCCCGUUCAGGCUGAAGAUCUACUGAAGAACAUCACCGAGUUCAGAGAGAAAUACAGGAACCCAGGUGAUACCCGAAAAACCACCAACUCAAACAGUUCCAACAGUACCAGUAUAUACGAGGUUAGAGACACUUCUCACCAGAUAAUCAAAGAGCACUCAGCGAACAACGUGCAGACCCUCAAUCGGAUGCCCAAACAAAUAAACGGUUACGCCGUACCAAGAACUGACUACAUCCAUGAAAUGAAACCUCACAGUCAAUCGGUGAUGAACCAUGAACCAAGCGGUCAAAAAGUGUCACAACAACAGUCAUGCUACUACAACUCGCUACCGAAAAAUGCUGGCAUGGGUCUCUCGAUACCGCCAAGGAAUUCGUAUCCUCCAAUUCGUAGUAAAAAGCAGCAAUCAACUGGAUCGCUCAACACCAAGACCGAAUCGAACACUAUACCACGAAGUAACUCUUCCCAAAUGUUACGAAUCCAGAAUGGAACUCCCAACAUCAACAGCAACACACUACCACAUCGUCCCGUAGAAUUUGCCCGCAUCCGGGUUGCCGAUUUCAAACAAAUGGUCAACAAUCAUCAACGACGGAACAGUAAAGGCACAAACGGUACUAACGAUUCCAGUAGUUCUGGCAGCCCUGCGGUCACUCCAAAAACUCGCAGUAAGCAGAGACGUCUACUCUCAUCGGCAAGUGUUCCAUUCAAGUUGGAAAACCUAGAACUCGAGCAAGCAGGUGGCACAGCUGCCUUCAGCGAAAGUCUACCGAAUCUUGCACCGCCCCCAGCGUUCAGUAAUUCCCCAUUGCCACCAUUGCGAUUAAGACGCAGACAUUCCAGCAGCGAAUCGACCUCUUCCUUAAGCGAACAGUCCGGGUGGGUUUCCAGUCGGAGGAGCACGGGUCCUUCAAGUCCGGAUACAAUAAGAAACGACCAAAGAAUCGUCAACGGUGAACAGUUGCGUAAGAAGCUGCUAAAGUUACUCAGUGAACAGCCUCGACUGAUGGAUAGGAAGAACAGCAAUCAAUCGAACAUCAGUGAAUUCCUGGUUCGAAGCAACCAAAGCUCUAUGAAGUCCAAAUCAAACACCGAUAAUAUCAAAAGCUCUGUUCAAAUCGAAAAUUGGAACAAUUUAGAAAAAGAGUGGAACGAACCCAGAUCGAUACAGAAGAGUUCAGAAGGCAGAAGAAACAAUCAACACUCCACGAUGGAUUCAAGACACCAAAAGCGAAGCACUAAGAAAGAGAAAUCCAAAUCGGACUUCGAUUUGGCCAACAUCUCCGACUACGUAUUCGAAGAUCUACGGUUACUUCCACCGCAACAAUUUCGCGACCUGGCACCUCCACCGCCAGAUGAGUUCCGGGAUCCUCCGUCGUUGAUCGAAGUCGUUCAAAAAGAAAAGCCCUUACCUAUCAAGAAUCUCCCACCACCAAAUGCAUUACUCCAACCUGCUCCCACUCAAAUACAACAACAGCAGCAACAACACCAACAGCAGCAGCAACAACAACAACAACAACAACAACAACAACAGCAGCAACAACAACAACAACAACAACAACAGCAGCAGCAGCAACAACAACAACAACAACAACAACAACAACAACAACAACAACAACAACAACAACAGCAACAGCAACAACAACAACAACAACAACAACAGCAGCAGCAACAACAACAACACCAGCAACAACAACAGCAACAACAACAACAGCAACAACAACAACAGCAUCAACAGCAACAAAAACAGCAACAACACCAACAACAACAACAACAGCAAAAACAACAACCUCCACCAUCCACCCUUAUCCCACAACCACAGGCCCUACCUUCUAUGAUUGUCCAGCAGCAGCAAAUCAUCCCCGCAACCCAGCAGUACCAAAUUGUCCCGGUGCAGCAAAUCAUCCAACAACCACAGUACAGCAAGCCAAUCCAGCACCCCAUCAACCAGCAUCACGUCUUCAGGAAAUACGAAGUCCAAGCCAUCGACAAUCCCCUCUACCACAUCUACGAAGUCGUCAAAGCACCUCGGCCCGUGCUGAAGUCACAAAGUUCCAGCGAACUCGCUGCCAUGGCCAAAUGCGCUGAAACCCUGAACAAGCCGAACGCAACCCUCAAUAGCAACAUCCCUCUGCAGCAAAACGGAACCGUUCAUGCAACCCAUGAAAACCCAAUCCCACCGGAACGGAAAUCAUCCAUGCGUAACCUUGAACGCAUUCAGCACAGGCCAGAAGAAGAUGAGAACAAGAAACGGAUCGAUCCACCCAUGCAGCUGUUGGAAUUUGAGAAAUGUCGAGAAGAGUUUCGCAAACAAAUCAGCUACUCCGGGUCAAUCUAUUCGGACUUCCACAAACUGGCUUCGGAGAUGCCGUACUUCCACAUUAGUGACGAGUUUCGGCCAUUCUCUACCAAUGGUCUACACCUGGUGAUCUGUGUACACGGGUUGGACGGGAAUUCGGCAGACCUGAGACUGGUCCGGACGUACCUGGAACUUGGCCUACCGGGGGCUCACCUGGAGUUCCUGAUGUCUGAACGAAACCAGGGUGAUACGUUUUCCGACUUUGACACCAUGACAGACCGACUGGUGGCCGAAGUGCUGUAUCACAUUGAGACGUACCAGCUGAAUCCAACGAGAAUUUCGUUUGUGGCACAUUCGCUCGGCACAAUCAUCGUGAGGUCGGCCCUGGCAAGACCGCAGAUGCGACCACUGCUAUCGAGAUUGCAUACAUUCCUGUCACUGUCCGGGCCACAUCUGGGAACUCUGUACAACUCCAGCGGACUGGUGAAUAUGGGAAUGUGGUUUAUGCAAAAAUGGAAGAAAAGUGGUUCACUGCUCCAAUUAUGCCUCCGGGAUGCACCCGAUCCACGGCAAAGCUUCCUCUUCCGACUGAGUCAACGGAGCACAUUGCAUCACUUCAAGAACGUACUCCUGUGCGGAUCGUCACAAGACCGUUAUGUUCCACCCCAUUCGGCCCGGUUAGAGCUGUGUAAAGCCGCCGUCAGGGAUCAAACCAGCCUCGGUGUUGUCUAUCGUGAAAUGGUCCACAACAUCAUUGCUCCGAUGUUGGCCCGGCCGGACCUCACGCUGGCCCGGUUCGACGUACACCACGCCCUUCCGCACACGGCCAACGCACUGAUUGGCCGGGCCGCUCACAUUGCGGUCCUGGAUUCGGAAUUGUUCAUCGAGAAAUUUUUACUAGUUGCCGGAUUAAAAUAUUUCAGCUAGCUGAUUGAACCUCAGGUUAACUUGCAUAGGAAUGUAUGCUACGAUCGUAUACGCAGGAUCGCUACGAUCCUCCAGAGAGCAAUUCGAAAUGGUAUAGAAGUUACACUUUACUGUUGAUGGGUUAAUGUUUCGGUGAAUAGGAAAAGUAAGAGACAGCAAUUGAAUGUAUUGAAUGAAAAACAAAUGUGAAACUAUCGUUGUAGUCGAUUGCAGAUAGGAAUUAAACUCUACAGUAGGUAACCCUUCUUUUAGAUUUGGAAAACAGUCGACAGCAGAUUCAGAUGCAAAAUAAUUACAGAAUAUAUGACUGACUCAGAGCCUAAGUUUAUUUUUGUUUAGUAAAUAUUGUUGUAUUUUUCUAUUAGUUCUAUAUCGAUAAAUCAAACGUAGAAUUGUAAAUGAUACAAUUGGUACAGAGUCGUUGGAAUUUUGCUGUCCACGUGUUAGGCACUGUUAGGCGUUUAUCAAAAUGAAAUCAAACAAAAAAAAAACCGAAUCUCGGAUCAGAGAUCGUUACACAAAAUAAUAAUCUCCACUGCCGGCUGUUGAUUCAAUCGUGAUUAGUUAGUGGGUUUUCGAGAAUGAUUUUGAACCGAUUGCUUCUACACUAUCAGUUUCGGACAUCUUUCUCUGUAUUAGUAACGUAAACGUGUAAAUUGAUCAAAUACAUAUAUUUUAAUAUAAAUGAGACUGAUUUAAUCUAAACCACAAACUGACAAAAAGAAGAGAACAAAACCAAAAAGUAGGUAUAUUAAUCAUUUCAGUAGAUCACCAAAACAAACAAGGAAAACAUAAUUGGGAAUCAACAUUACGAUAUUCGAAAGGAAUACAUUUUACGAACGUAGUUAGCGUAGCAAUUUUAAGUAUAAGUACAGGGAUCGAGAGGCCAGAGUCUUAGUUGCGCUGAAGUAGCAGACAAGAUGUGAAGGAGAAACUGUUGACCAAAAGUUAGAAUUAUUAUCAUCAUUAUUAAAAUUGGCAAAGAUUUCGUAAGAUGAAAAUGGCCGCGAUUUUUACCUUUUCUAGUUUAUUUUUACACACUCAUCAAAUGGGUACAUCAGUGCAAAUAUGCUGAAUCGUCUACAUAACUUAUAAACCUAAAAAUAUAAUACCUAGCAAUGCUUGUGCGUUGUUCCUUAGAAUUCCGGGAUUUUAUGAUUUUUCGCAUAACUGCCAGAGAAAAUGCUGGACUACUUAUGUUGUCAUCUAUAAGAAAAAGUAAGAGGUUGUAUCCAAGAAACGACCGUAAAUUGGACGUAGAUUUACGUGCUAAGUGUCAAUACUCGGCGGCUGUGCUAGGGAAACCUCAUUUUCCCAUUACGGAAGCAACUCGUUUUCUGGCGACAAAAUCUCGC